GAGCUUUGCAUGGGGCUGCUGCCCAAUGUACUGGAGCUCACAACGAAGCUUUGUACGGGUUUACUGUAGACACACCGAUCCUUGACAACGACCGAGUGCAUCAUUCCUUCCGUGUCUGUCAUUGAGGAGUUGCUUCCGCGGAUUGUUCCACGACGCUUCAAGUCUCAUUCCAAACCGGGAGGCCAUAAUAACCGGUAAGAAAACACGAACCGGUUUUGAGGAGCAUUGCCGGUUGGCUUUGCCGGUUGGGUGGACCGUGGCUUUAAAAUGAGAAACGCCGUCAAGUGGACAGGACAAGGACAGGACACGCGGCGUGGAUAUCAAGAUUGUAUUAGCUUCUUCCAGUCGAAGUGCAAGAAGAUAGGGUUGCCCUUGACUUUUGCGGCUCCACUCGACCUACGACUCGGGCGCACUUCCGUACAGGCACUGUAGCGCCGAUGCGCAAGCGCGUUUGUUGACGCGAACACUCAAGGAUAGCGGCGGUCGUGCGUCGCGUCCCGUUACCGAUGGCUGCGCUCUGUCGGAGCAAACCCAUUUCAACGAGGCCACGCUGUCAUGGGUGUCCUUCAAGAUGGCCUUUCUGGUUCUUGGCGUGUGCUUUCCACGUUGCAUCAACGGUCGUAUGGUUCUAUAUGGUCUACAUUCCCAUGUUUUAUUUUAUGCUGAUCAAACAAAUUAUAUCAUUUGCAUAUAUGGAUGUCAUCACGUCUCAGAACGUGAUACAUGUCCAUAUAUCCUUUUGGCGUGGACGCAACGUCGCCUCCCAAGCGCGAAGAGCCACUUCAACUUCCAACGUCCACUUUGCACAGACGGGGUGCGUCUGAGCCCAAACCCGCGUCCCACGCGACGCGCACUGCGCUUGACAAUCGACUGCAUUGACCAACUAGCACGGCCAUGUUCAAGUCGCUCUUUGCCUUUGCGACGCUGGCGCUCAUUGGCAGCAUCGCCAACAUCUCGUUCACGUCGGUUGGCGUCAGCGCCGGCAACUACGGCCACCACCGCGGCGUCAACCUCGGCGGCUGGCUCGUCCUCGAGCGCUGGAUCACGCCCGACUCGCCGAUUUACACCGAGUCGGGACUUACCGGCGACGUUGUCGAGCAUGGCCAGUACCAGAUCAUGAAGGCGCUCGGCCACGCCCGCGGCGACCCGCUCAUGGAGCGCCACUGGGCGACCUUCUACACCGAAGCCGACUUUCGCGACAUCAAGGCUGCCGGUCUCGACAUGGUGCGCAUCCCGGUCGGCUACUGGCUCUUGAACGACGCGCCGGCGACCAAGGCUCGGCGCUCGGUGGCCGGCAACACCACCGACGACGCGUCCGUGCUCGCGCCGGGCUCGCUUGCGUAUCUGGACAAGGCGUUCCGCUGGGCACGCAAGUACCAACUCAAGGUACUCGUCGGCGUCCAUGCUGCGAUGGGGUCCCAGAACGGCGAGCAGCACAGCGCGGCGUCGACAAUCCGCAAGAUCCAGUGGUUUGACAAGGCGGGCAACAUUGACAACACGCUCGACCUCGUCGAGUUCCUCGUGGACCGGUACCAGUACCACGCGGCGUUCCUCGGCAUCGGGCUUCUCAACGAGCCGCAGCACGGCAACGACCCGACCAGGUUUGCGCAGCUCAAGCAGUACUACAAGGACGCACACCGCAUCAUCCGCCGCGAGCUCGGCUCGGACUGCAUCAUUACGUUCUCGACUGCGUUCAACGAGAAGCCCGAGUUUGACGCCGAGUGGCGCGUCUUCCUCAAGCACGACCCGAACGUGUGGGCCGAGGUGCACAAGUACUACAUCUGGGGCUUUGAGGGCCAGAACUUCGACAAGAUCAAGGCGUACGUCAAGGACCACGAGGCCAAGUGGAUCAAGGAGUGGACGGGCGCGCCGCUCUUCUUUGGCGAGUGGUCGAUCGCCAACCACGAAGACACGUUUGUGCUCAAUGACGCGCAAAAGACGCAGUACGCCAACCUCGUCACGAAUGUCUUCAGACCCGCGCACUGGACGUACUGGACGUGGAAGUUCUGGGCCGACCCCAACUCGUACGUCGCUUGGAACAUGAAGACGCUCUUUCAGCGCAAGAUCAUGACCAGCGCCAUGCUCGGCAACUAACAUUUGUGAUUUUCGUCAGAGAAUACGUAUUUGUCGCGUUGAUUCCUUCUCGUU